CUGAGCGACAAAGAUGGAUUAGGAGCAGUCUUUGAUGGGAUUGGAGGUUUGAGUGGUGGAGGGCCAAAUUUUGGUGCCUCUUUGCACAUUCUCAAGGUUGAAAUUGGAGGAGACGCUCAAACUACUGACGGGACGGAACCAUCGCACAUGCAUUUUGAAGAUGAUGAAAACUACUUCCGAGGAUAUGAAUGGUGGCUCAUGAAAGAGGCAAAGAAGAGGAAUCCAAACAUUACACUUAUUGGCCUGCCGUGGGCAUUUCCAGGUUGGGUCGGCCGUGGUCACCAGUGGCCUUAUGAUUUCCCUGAUGUCACUGCAUUAUAUGUGGUGAAAUGGAUCCUUGGUGCAAAGCAGUUUCACGGGCUCAACAUUGACUAUGUUGGGAUUUGGAACGAGCGGAACUUUGACAGCAAGUAUAUCAAACUGCUGCGGUACACUUUGGAUAAAAAUGGCUUAGAAAAUGUUCAGAUUAUAGCCAGUGAUAACUUGUGGGAGCCCAUUUCACAGUCUCUUCUGCUGGACCCAGAACUCCGUAACGCUGUAGACGUAAUAGGUGCCCACUAUCCUGGUACUAACACGGUGAUGACGGCCCUGGAGACUGGAAAACGGCUGUGGUCUUCAGAGGACUACAGCACAUUCAACGAUGAAGUCGGAGGAGGCUGCUGGGCGCGCAUUCUCAAUCAGAACUAUGUCAACGGAUUCAUGACCGCCACCAUUUCCUGGAAUCUAGUCGCCAGCUACUACGAGGCACUACCAUUUGGCAGAGAUGGACUCAUGACGGCAGCAGAACCUUGGAGCGGCAACUACGUGGUGGACUCUCCCAUCUGGAUAACGGCUCACACGUCGCAGUUUACAAAGCCGGGAUGGACCUACCUGAGAACCGUUGGACAUUUGGCACAAGGUGGAAGUUAUGUGGCCUUGACUGACGGCAAAGGAAAUCUUACAGUUGUCAUAGAAACUAUGACCCAUGAUCAUUCAGUUUGCAUAAGACCGCCACUCCCUCCAUUCUCAGUCACCUCACAAAAUGCAACCUUCCAGCUGAAAGGAUCCUUUUCCUCCAUUGAAUAUCUACAGAUUUGGCGCUCCCAGUUUAACUUUAAGACAAACAAGCCCACUUUUUUUGAGCGUCUAAGUCCGUUGAAGCUUUCCGAUGGAAAAUUCACCUUAAAUCUUCCUGAAGAUGAGGUUUACACACUAACCACAAUAACAACAGGACAAAAAGGCAACUAUCCAGAUCCACCUCCCUCAUCUCCCUUCCCACUAAACUAUAAGGAUAACUUCACUGUCAGAGAAGGUCCCUUUUCAGAAGCUCCAAAUUUUGCUGACCAGACCGGCGUUUUUGAAUAUUACACCAACAUCACAGAUCCAGGACCUCACGCAUUCACUUUACGUCAAGUUCUGACCCAAAGACCAAUCACGUGGGCGGCAGAUGCAGACCAAACUAUAAGCGUUAUCGGAGACUAUAUGUGGCAGGAUCUGAAAGUCCAAUCUGACGUUUUCAUGGAGCGCGUAAAGACCGGUGGUGUUUUUAUUGCAGCGAGAGUCAAUAAAGGAGGCCAGGCGAUCCGUAGUGCCAGGGGUAUAUUUUUCUGGGUCUUUGCUGAUGGAACAUACAAAGUUACGAAUGACCUCGCUGGUCUAACGAUACUGGCUGAAGGACAAUCGGGUACACAAGCAGGUUAUUGGUACACGCUAUCACUCACUGUACAGGGCCAACUUGCGACAGGAAAGUUGAAUGGUUAUACACUGUGGAAGAAUGCUGUGAUACUGAGACCAAACAAUGGUUGGGCUGCCAUCGGGACACGUUCAUUUGAGAGGGCCCAGUUUGAUAAUUUUGCUGUUAAUGCAGCGACAAAAGAACACGAGUAG